CACUAAAACACUGUGCUGAAGCGUCUGCUCGGCACAGUUGGUGGAGACAUCUUUGAGCUGAGUUUCUGCACGGGACAGUGGUGAAAGUAAAAAUCAGGAUGAAGAAGAUAGCUCUGCUGUUUGGUUUAUGGAGUCUUCUCUCCAUCUCACAUGCUCAGUUGACAGAUAAUACAGAGGCUGAAGGUGAGGAAGAGGUGGUUGAUCUUUUUACCACACCACGCACCAAGCUUGCUGCUGCAACCUCUGAUUUUGGCUACAACCUGUUUCGUCAGCUGGCUGCACGUGACCCAAAGGCCAGCGUCUUCCUGUCACCCAUGAGUAUAUCAGCAGCUUUCACACAGCUCUCAAUGGGGGCAUCUGAACGAGCUGAGAAACAGAUUUACAGGGCCCUGCGCUACCACACCCUGCAAGACAGUCAGCUCCAUGACACUUUGAGAGACCUUCUCGCCUCGCUCAGGGCAUCUGCCAAGGGCUUCAACUCUGCAGAACGCAUCCUUUUGGCUAGGAAGCUCCGUCUUAAACUGGAAUACCUCAACAAUGUAGAGAAGCAUUAUGGGAUACGGCCUCAAACUCUAGCAGGUGGACCCCGGGACCUCAAAACUGUUAAUGAUUGGUUUAAACAACAGACUGGAAGAAAAGUAGAAGAAGUCCUUCCCGCCCCUCUCCCUCGUAACACAGCUGUUCUGCCUGUGGGAGCAGCCUUUUUCAAGGGUAAAUGGAUAACUAGGUUCAGCAAGUCUAACAAAAUGGAGAACUUCCAAAUAGAUGGUGAAGCGCCAGCUCUCAUACCCAUGAUGGAGCAAGAAAAUUACCCAGUGAAGAUGGGCGUUGACUCUGACCUUGGCUGCACAGUAGCACAGGUUCCUAUGGAGGAUGGAGUAAGCAUGUAUUUCUUCUUGCCAGAUGAGGUGACUCAGAAUCUGACUUUAAUAGAGGAGGCUCUAUCGGCUGAAUUUGUCCAGGACCUCUCCAAUACCCUCCACACAGUGCAGGUGUUGCUCACCCUGCCUGUUAUCAAAAUCAGCUACAGCACAGAUCUGCUGUCCUCCCUCUCUGACCUGGGUCUCUCUGAAUGGUUGGCAGAAACAGACCUUAUCAAAAUUACCAGUCAGCCUGUCAAGUUAAAUGCUGUCGGUCAUAAGGUUGUCAUGGAGACAGCUCCAGAGGGUACACAGUAUGCCAGCACUACCCCUAAUACUAAAGGCCAAUCACUGGAUCUAGCUUACCGUGUGGACCGGCCAUUCAUCUUUCUAGUCAGAGAUGAGCCAUCAGGGGCACUUCUAUUCAUUGGAAAAGUGCUCAGUCCCCGUGACCUGAAAAGGGUAUGAGACAGACACAAGUAUACAUGCAUAAACACAAAACAAAGAAAUGUUUAUACAUAAGAGCAUUAACUUUAUAUGAGCUAACUUUAGGUUAAAGUCUAAACAAGAAGUUAUGAAACAAAUUGGUUUUUUCAGAAUAUGAUCUGAACAGUAACUGUCAGAUUUUUCUUGAAUAUGCUCAAAUUCAGAGAAAAUGGAUUGUGAAAAUUUCAGUAACUAAUUAAAUCAACCACAAAAAGUAAAUUUGAAGCCAUUUGAAUUAGUUUCAGUUGAUUUAUUACAAUUAUUGCAUUUUGCCAUUGGAGGGCAGAAGAGCUCAAACCAAUACUUUACAUUCUUCAACUUAUGCAACCAUUUGUUGCAAGAUUUCACCACAGUUUAUCUUCAUAUGAACAUUGUCAACAUGCAUAUGCAAUUUAAAGUCAUUCUCAAGAAUAAAUUGGUAUGUGCACACAUUUAGUCAAGCUACACAUUUCUUAUAAACGUGGGCCACUUUUUCUCUUCAUAAUGGACAUUUCAUGGAUAAACUCAGUGUAAAUGUUUCUUCUCACUGGAUUUUAGCCAUACAAUUUGCAUUAGUUAUGCCACAUAUUUACAUGACGCUCAUAAAUCUGACUUAUCGCAUUUUGGCAAAAAAUCCCACAAGUGUCAACAGCUGCUAAUAUGCCUAUGAAGUGCAUGUUUUUAAUGGCCAUCUUAUUUUGUUUCACAUUUUAUUUUUGAGUGUUCAAUACGUUUAUUACAUGGCUUUAAUUUACAUCCCUAAACAAUGUUUAAAUUGAACUCAAAUUAAGUAGUUAACAUUCCUAUAUGUACAUUUGCUACCAGCAAGGAAAUUCAGAAUGUGUAUAUUAUAACUAAAAAAUAAAUAAACAAUUAAAUGAAGAACAAAUUGAAAA